AUGCUGCGAGGCUUAGAUUAUUAUACAGGACUGGUUUUUGAGGUUAAUUUGGAAGGAGAAAAGGCUCUGUUAGGUGGUGGACGAUAUGAUAAACUUUAUCAAGAAAUAGGAGGUAUAAACUCUCCCGCUCUAGGCUUUGCUGUCGGAAUUGAACGUUUGGUGGAUUAUUUAGAAUUUUGUGGAUUAAGUUCCGAAUUAUUGAAAGAUAAUAAUAGAGUUGAUAUAUUUUUUUUUGCUGCUGCUCCCGAGGCUUAUUUAGACAUCUUGAUUUGGAAAGAAAAAUUAGAAAACUAUCUUUUAGCAGCAGAUUAUAACCUAGAACAAUAG